UUAUACAACUCUAAUGAAUCAUGGGCGGUGGGCCAGGCUUAAGUUCGUAAUUCUAAUGAAUAUAUAAUGACGGAAAAGUCAGUGAGAGAUGUUUAAUAUUACCAAACAGCCACUGUAUGGUGUAUACAUACAGUAAUAGUUCCACUACGUAAAAGAAUCAAAACCACCGUCAAUCCGCCAUGAAAGUCACCGAGUGGUCGUUGCUGCUUCGCGAAUCGCAAAUUCUUCCAUUUUCUUAUGAGAUUUGCAGGUUUUCAACACAGCUCCCAAUAUAAACACACAAGGCUUUAGAGCCAUGUCAGCCGCCUUCAAUUCUCUGAACCUGCCAACACCCACUUUUUCAGAGAUAAUUUUAAUGGCGGAUAUGAGAUGGGUCAACCAAACACUAAACUAAUACUUCUUACAGCUACCGACCUCUCUCUGCUCUGUUCUUUAUAAGUUUACAACCAAUUCCAACGGUGGUCUCCACAAGAUUCUCCACCAAUCUCAUUCUCAGGCCUCAGCAGCCUACCAUGGACGAAGAAACCCUUUUCCCCUCGGACACCGAUCUCGACCUCAGCUUCAACAGUUGCGCUUCUAACACCUCCACUGACCGCACCUUCACCUCUUCGAGCGCUCGUAGCAGUCUUACUCUCAGUUUCAAAGGCUCCCGCCUUUCGUCCUCCGCUGGAACAGGGCGACCCCACCGGAAGUCCGACCCACAUUGGACGGCAAUCAAAGCCGCCACCAACCUAUCCUCCGACGGCUCCUUACACCUUCGCCACCUCAAGCUCAUCCGCCACAUCGGCAGCGGGAAUCUCGGACGUGUAUUUCUCUGCCGUCUCAAAGAUUAUGACGGCGCCAACUUCGCUCUCAAGGUCGUCGACAAAGACGUUCUUACCGCUAAGAAGCUCUCUCAAGUGCAGAUGGAAGCCCAAGUCCUUUCCAUGGUCGACCACCCUUUCCUCCCGACGUUGUAUGCCCAUCUAGAGGUGUCACAUUAUUCUUGUCUGUUGAUUGAUUAUUGCCCAGGUGGUGACCUCCACUCGCUCCUCCGUAAGCAGCCGGAAAAUCGCUUCCGGGUGGAAGCCGUUCGGUUUUUCGCGGCGGAGGUUUUGGUGGCUCUGGAAUACCUGCACGCGAUUGGGGUGGUUUACCGGGAUCUAAAACCAGAAAACGUUUUGAUUAGGGAUGAUGGCCAUAUAAUGUUGUCGGACUUUGACUUGUGCUUUAAGGCCGAUGUGGUCCCCACUCUCGAGAAACGCUUUGAACCCACCGUGGUGCAGUCAACGAAAAACCAGCCUAGCUGUUUGGGAACGGUAUCCCGACGAUAUGAGAUGACGGAGACGGCUGAGUUCGUGGCAGAGCCGACGGCCGCGUUCUCGAAGUCGUGCGUCGGCACCCACGAGUACCUGGCGCCGGAGCUCGUGAGCGGCAACGGGCAUGGUAACGGAGUCGACUGGUGGGCGUUUGGGGUGUUCCUUUUCGAGCUGUUGUACGGGCAUACGCCAUUUAGGGGAGGGACGAAGGAGACGACGCUGCGCAAUAUAGUGUCGAGCAAGCCACUUAAGUUUCCGGAGUGGGACGUGGCGGAGGAGGAGGGAAUGGCGGAGGUAAGGGAUCUGAUACAGAGACUGUUGGUGAAGGACCCGAGGAGGAGGCUAGGAUGCACCAAGGGUGCGACGGAAAUAAAGCAGCACCCGUUUUUCCAGGGGAUUAAGUGGCCGUUGAUACGGACCUACAGACCGCCGGAAGAAGUUCGUGGGCUGCUUGUGAGGAAGGCAACUACCCAUGUUAACAGAAUUUCUUCGAGGAGACGACGAACACGGUGGACUUGGAAGUACCUCAGUCAUUUCAUUUUCACUACGUCAACAAAAAACGGGUCUAAGUCCAAAAAAUGGAUCUGAUUUUUUCUUUUUCCUUUUUCCUCUUCAUUUAUUUAGUUUCUGUAUCAUCCCUCGUAGAAGUGAAAAGGAAAAAUGAGAGUAGAAAUUAAGGAGUAUUUUUUUUUGUAGGGAUCAGAUGUAUAUGGUGUAAUUAUAAAAAGAGAAGAGAUAGAAAUUAUGUCCCGGGUCGGGUCAUAAAAAAGUCCAGAUAGCUAUAUCAGUCCAUGUGUGUCACGUUGACUGAGAGAGAUCAUCAGAUCAUCAGAGAUUGUCAACCAGCGUUAAGAACGCGUUGCAUUCCUCGGCUUCUCUAAAAUCCAAAGGGCAUCAUCGAGGCGCCUUUUACCGAACAAAGACCCAUUGGUUAGAGAGCUCCCUCCAUUACUUUUAUUAUUAAAUAUAAUAAAUAUUGUUUUUUUGGCUUGAUGGAUUUGGGAUUGCAAUUUGACCCGUUCCCUGAACGGCUCUAUUAGUAAAAAUUUAUGAGGCCGGAAAUACAUGAUAGCGGAAAGCUUUGACCAAUCACCGAUGUGAAUUUUGGUUAUUGAUUCCUACUUUUAUAAGCCAUUGAUUGGUUGUAAGUUUUUUUAA